AACCAAACGAAAGGAAAGGAAAGCAAAAGAAGGAAUAACUAGAAUAACCGAUUAACCCGUAGGAAGUGAUAGAUCCUCUCAAGAUGUGCGACUGUGGCUGCUACUCGUACUGCUCUCACGACCUCUCCUGCUAUUCGCACUCGCAUUAUCACUCGCAUUCGCAUUCGCAUCAUUGCUGUGCUGGAUACAAGUAUCUGAAGUGCCUGUGUCGCUACUAUCGUCAUGUGCACUGCACCUGCUCCUGUUGGCGCCGAAAAUGUUACCUGCUCUAAGUUGCCUCACACAUCCCGGCAUAGAAACAGAGACAGAGCAUUUGCCACUUGACACACGACAACAAGGAGGACAUGGAGGACAUGGAGGAGACAAGACGAAG